CACUAAGAAGAGGAAGAUGUUCAACAUGAAGAGGUUCUGGAAGAACAGGAAUAAGACGCUGUAUGGACCCACGAAAAAACCGAAGCACCCCAAGAAAAUGUGGGACUUGGAUUACGGAUGGGAAAUCGAUUAUUAUUGAUGCAACGCUAGCCACCAAUGUAACCAAACUCCAGGAGAAAAUCCUUAACGACCUCUCUUGGAAUGUGAAGUUGAAACUCCUGAACGAGUAUCCGUCUUCGAAGCCGUCUGGAGGCUCACCGGUGCUCAGGAACGCGAUCAGUGAUGCUCUAAUGAAGAAACAAGGUCCAAACGUGAUAGACAGGCGAGUCGGCAUCGCCGCGCUGAUCCAAAGGAGACAGGACGAAGGAACUCAACAUCCUGAUCCGGAGUCGGACGAGAACACAAUGCGUUUGAAACUAUUCAGGCUGAUGUAUGAAACGGUCCGAGAUAGCGACAUGAAAGCGAACAAAGCCGUGCAGAUCCGACAGCAGUAUCAGAACUCGACGCCCUUCGAAGUUGGAUACCUAAUAGGCGAUAUUACAGAUAAAUACAAUGUAAUGAUCGACAUAGCGGCUACUUUAAAACGAUUGUAUAGGGAGUGGAAACCGCUCGAGCAUAUAAAUGCAUACGAACAGAUAGCCAGUCAAGCGAUCGAGAUAAGCCAUCUAAUUGACAUGGCCAAAUACGUGAGCAAGCGUAAGCAACGGCUUUAAGCGUCAGCAAUUCGUGCCCAUGGUCGGCGGUCAGCAAUCGAUUUAAAUUGAAUUGUAUCUGAAUAAAUAAAACCCAAAAUCACAAUUGAGAUUUUAUUGAA